AUGUUUACUGAGCAGGGCUUUCACAUAGUUUCGGUAGCAGCCGAUAUGAUUGUGACAGGAGGCUUCUUGUCUGCUGCAUUGGACAACCCCCGCGGUGCACAGGGAGGUACGGGAAUUUCUUCUGGUCCCUAUGGACACUAA